AGUGCAAGAAGUUGCCGCAAGUCGACGCCAUGCAGACCGUGACGCCUGCCCGCCGCAACGACGCGCGGAGCCCCUCAGGCUCUGCGUGGACUAACUCGUCCUCCCCGACAGAGGUCUACGACAUCGGGGACGAGGAGGAGGUAGGGCCCAUCAGCUCCGCGGUGCGGUCCCUGGACGUGGACGGUGAUGCCGCAGGCCCAGACAGGUGGAUGCCGUGGACAGUGGAGAGGACCCCAGAUGGCGCCGAGUCCACGGCGCCUUCCGCCGGAGACGCGAAUCCCACCAAGGAAGCGGACGCUUGGAGCAUGGAGGACUGGGAUUCGCAGCUGGCGCGCCUCAGGGAGAUGCCCACGCCUUGCCGCGUCCGCGUGCCUGAAGCUGCCGACUCCAAGCAGGAGGAGGUGGCGGACGCUGUGAGGGCGGAGCUGCAGGUGGACAUGGAGGCCUUGGUGAACGCCGCCAUGGAUGAGAUGCGGACCUGGGUCUCUCAGGAGAUCGCCUUUGCACGGAACAGCUUCAAGGAGGACGCUAGGGCAGCCUUGCAGGAGGACCAGUCCAGCGCGCGGGAGGCGGAAGUGCGGAAGGAGCUGCAGGAGCUGAAGCAGAGCCUUGAGAAGCUGCAGGAGGGUCCCGAGAAGAUGCGGAAGGAGCUCCAGGAGCACUCGCGGCUCUUGAAGAGGUUAGAGGAGUCCUCGCAUCCUGAGCGGGGCGCCACCUCCUCUGACCGCGUGGCCGAGGCCCGCGCCGUGGCGGAGGAGCGGAAGUGGCGCUUGCGCCUGGAGAACCUCGAGCGUAGCCUCGCCAGGAACUCCGAGAACAUCGAGACCUGCCUCCAGAAGACUUCGCAGCUCGAGGAGCGCGCCAGCGCCAACGACGCAGACCUGCAGACAGGUCUGAGCACCCUCCAGUCUGCCGACGCCCGGAUCUCCGAAAUCAUGAAAGAGCUGAAGCAGCGGCAAUCUGAUAAGCAGGCCCAGAAUGUUCGGAAGAGGCCGCGGGAAGCUGCGAAGCCGAGCCGAUGGGCGGAGUCGACUCCGCAGGCCGAAGAUCUCCGAAGCCUCGAGCGCCAACAGCAGAUCUGUGAAGAUCUGGAGGCCCUGAAGGCGAGCUUUGGCUCGGCGCAGCAACGCCUGGAACAACGCCUGAACGAUGAGUCACUGCAGGCGCAGAGGUCCGUGUUUGAGCUGACCACUGCGCAGAGGAACCAAAAGGAGGAGAUCCUGUCCUUCAGCACGUGCCUUGCGGAGAUGCAGGGGGCGGUUGCGCAAGGCAAGACUCAGUGCCUUGCGCUGGAUGAACGCAUGGAGCGGCUGCUAGGACAGCUGCAGGAGGUGCUGCAGAGGCUGUCAAAGCAGGAGGCCGCCGUCUUCAGCACUUCGGAGAGGGCGCAGACCAUGCACUCCGACCUAGAAGGUGUGUCGGCAGAGCUGGCGACGGUCACCGCACGGGUGGUUCAGAAUCUGGCUGCCAUGGAAGACCUCAACAACCGCAGAUGUGCCUUGGAAUCCCGCACCUCCAAGCUGGAGCAGCAGAGCCUCCGCAUGCAAGCCCUGGAGCGAGAGGUGGCCACCAGCGAGCGGGAGAUGCUCACGGUGCAGGACUGCCUGGAGCGCCACGAGGAGCGCCUGGCUUGCCAGAGCCGCGCCAGCGAGUCUCUGGAGCAACAGCUCCAGCAUGCUGCCGCUUCGAUCAAGGACAUCGAAAAGGAGGCCUUCCUGGAGCGCCGCGAGCUGCGACGCCUGGCCGACGAGGUGACGUCCCAUGGCAAGCAGAUUGAAGCGACAUGCCUGGAGGCCACAGAGCAAGCGAAGGCCAGGGCUGGCUUCCAGCGUCGCUUCGAAGACCAGGAGGAUCAGAUGCAGAGGCUUGAGGAGAGGCUAAGCAACCUGAAGCACCAGAACGACAGCUUGCUGGACCAAGGCUGCAACUGGGAGGAGGAGAUCAAGAGCGGCAGCGCCCGCAUCGAAGACUUGGAGGCGAAGUCCGAGCAGUUGGAGAAGGAGCUGGAAUCUGCAAGGCACGAGAUGAAGGGCGUGGGGGGCCUGCAGUCAGACGUCGAAAAGCUUCAGCUUGACAGCAGCAACUGGCGGGAGGCGAUGCAGAGGAUCGAGACGGCGGCAGCCACCAAUGUGAGCCAAGACGAUCUGAAGCAGAUGCACGCGGAGCUUCAGAACUGGAUCACGGACACCCGCCAGGCCUUGGACCGCUGGCUGUCCGCGUCCCUGGACAGGUUCCAAAAGGAGCAGGGCUGGGCCCUCCAGCGAAACCAAGGGUGGGCUCAGCGCGUCAAGCACUGGAUUGAGCAGAUUCAUAUCCGAGAGCAGGGCCUGAGCCACGUGAUCCUCCACAUCAUCCAGGAGGCGGGCCCGGAGACGGUGAAGCUCCUGGAGCAGGCUCUGAAGCUUCCAGCAAAGCCCACCUUGACAGCCGACGCCAUCCGAGAGGCUUGCAGCCGCUGAAUUCGCGCCGGGCUUUUCUCGAGCUUGCAGCCGGGGGAUUGCGAGCAACUCGCGCGCAAGAUGAGUUGCGCA